CAGCUGCUUCUGAAGGCGCCUGCGGCGGCGGAGGCUGAAGGCGAAGUGUCUGCCGGGCAGAGGACGAGGAUGAAUGGGCCAGCCGGACUCGCGUACCUGGACCGCCGCGAGCGGGUUCUCAAAUUAGGCGAAAGUUUCGAGAAGCAGCCACGCUGUGCUUUCCACACCGUGCGCUAUGACUUCAAACCUGCUUCUAUUGAUACUUCUUGUGAAGGAGAUCUUGAGGUUGGCAAAGGUGAACAGGUGACAAUAACUCUACCAAAUAUAGAAGGUUCAACUCCACCAGUCACAGUUUUCAAAGGUUCCAAGAGACCUUACUUAAAAGAAUGCAUUUUGAUCAUUAACCAUGAUACUGGGGAAUGUCGCCUAGAGAAACUCAGCAGCAACAUCACUGUGAAAAAAACAAGAGUUGAGGGAAGUAGUAAAAUUCAGUACAGACUAGAACAACAGCAGCAACAAAAGUGGAUUCCACCCAGGACUUCCAAUCUUGCACCACAUUCUCUGUCAGAAGACAAGAUGUCUCCAACAUCACUAAUGGAUGAUAUUGAAAGAGAACUGAAGGCAGAAGCUAGUCUAAUGGACCAGAUGAGCAGUUGUGAUAGUUCAUCAGAUUCCAAAAGUUCUUCAUCUUCAAGUAGUGAGGAUAGCUCUAGUGAUUCCGAAGAUGAUGACCAGUCGUCUCCUUCGGAUCCAGGGAACUGUAGCUCAGAGUGUCCUGGCAUGUCUGCUGGGCCACAGUACAGGCCUUCAGAUACGGAUGCUACUCGUAACAGGUUUCAUGACAACAGUGCCCUUGUGAUGAGUACUUUACGAAGUGAUUUGCAGCUCAGUGAAUCAGAAAGUGACAGCGAUGACUAA